AUGAUUAUCUGUCUCGCGUCGCUACUGGCUUUAAGAGGCGGUGAUGUUCCUAGUCGCGACUCGGUCGCCGGCGGUGGGAUUAGUCGCCGUGGAGGAUCGUUGGGGAGUGGCGGCGUGAUUGGCGGCGUGGCUCGCGGCGGGAAUGGCGGCGUGGGAGGAGGGGAGGAGUUUAAAGUGGACUUAUGGGUGGAGCGAGAGAUGCUGCUACAUGCCGAGACUGUGUACCAGGACAACAUGCGCCGUAGAUCGGAGUUCUUUGGUGGGCGAUCUCAGCCGUUGGAUUUGGAGAUGCGGCAGGAGCUGGAGAGUGUGCUGGUGGCGGUCUACCCCUGCCCCAUGGAGGAGCGCCUGGGGAUAUGGGCGGACGGGGGGAAGGUAUGUAUGGGAAGGUUAUGUAUGGGGAGUUCGGAAAGGUAUGUAAGGGAAGGUAUGCAUGCAUGGAGGGAGGGAGCUGGAGAGUGUGAUGGUGGCGGUGGCGGUAUACCCCUGCCCUGCCCCAUGGAGGAGCGCCUGGGCAUCUGGACGGACGGGGGAAGAAUGGGCCCGUACCUUGCUUGCUGCCCCAUGGCAUGUGUGCUGCUGGCGACGCUCCCCUGCCUGCCCCAUGGAGGAGCGAAUCGGGAUCUGGGCGGACAGGGGGGAGGUAUGGGGAUUUCGAGGCGAGGGAAAGGGAAGUGGAUAUGCAACAUGAAGUCUUUCAUUCCAGAAAAAACAGUCAUCUACAGCAUAGGGUCUAAUGGGGAGUACACAUUCGAAAGAGAUAUAGCUUCUCGCCUGCACACAAGACCAUUUACAUUCGACCCGUUCCUAGACCCUACGAUGGAACACACCAUGAUGCGCCUGCCCUUCCUGUCGUUUGAGGCCGUCGGAUUGGCGGCGAAAUCUACGGUGGAGCAGUGGAAGGCGGAGACCAAGGGGAAGGCGUUUAUGACUCUAGAACAGGUCAUGCGGAAGCACAACCACACGCACAUAGACGUGUUCAAGAUCGACUGUGAGGGGUGCGAAGCAGUGGUGCUGUUUGACAUUCUCCCAGCUGUUGGCGUGCCAGAGGGCACUCGCCCCUUGCCCCUCGGGAGUCCCCCCAUCGGCCAGCUGAUCAUUGAGUUCCACGAUGUGGGCAACCCUAGCAAGACACUGUUCAUGGUGUACCAUUUGGAGAAGAUGGGGUAUCGAAUAUUCCAUGUGGAGCAGAACGCUCAGCACCCAGAGUGCUGUACUGAGAUCUCCUUUAUUCAUGAAAGCCUGGUGUAUUGCAAAUGA